GUUCUGCAGAGCGCUGAAAAAUGUCCGGUUUUCUUGAGAGCUUGAGGUGCUCGGAGUGUGUUGACUGGGGAGAGAAACGAAACACCAUCGCUUCCGUUGCUGCGGGAGUGCUGUUUUUUACAGGUUGGUGGAUAAUCAUAGAUGCAGCUGUAAAAUACCCCAAAGUGGAGGAUUUCAACCAUUCAUACCAUGCUUGUGGGGUUAUAGCCACGAUCGCAUUCCUAAUGAUCAACGCGGUGUCCAACGGACAAGUGCGGGGCGACAGUUACAGUGAGGGCUGUCUGGGACAAACAGGUGCUCGGAUUUGGCUGUUCAUUGGGUUUAUGAUGGCUUUUGGAUCUCUGAUCGCUUCCAUGUGGAUCCUUUUUGGAGGCUACGUUGUUAAAGAAAAACCAGUAGUAUACCCAGGAAUAGCUGUGUUUUUCCAGAACGCAUUCAUCUUUUUUGGGGGACUGGUCUUCAAAUUUGGUCGCACGGAAGAUUUGUGGCAGUGA